AUGCUUUUCUUCAACGUGAUCGUUACAUCUCUGUUCGGCGCUGUGUGCAGCGCCGAGGUCGUGGACCGAAAGCACCUCGCCUACACUCCGACGCCAGAGGGAACGUGGACCGUUCCCAAGGUUCAGGGAAAGACAACACUCCUUGACUUCAUCAACUCCCGAUCAGAUCUCACAACACUGGCCGAACUCUUGAAAGAACCAGCCGGUGAGUUGAGCACGCUGCCUCCCCCGACUGUGUCUAUACUCACCCACCAAGGCUUCACGACGGCAUUCGACACCGUUCCCAGCUGGGACUUUACGUUCUUCGCUCCUUCGAAUGAGGCUUUCAACAAUACCGGCCAAUAUUUCGACACGUACGCCGCAACGGCGAAGGGGAAAUGGUGGCUCGGCAAUCUUCUGCAGCACCACUACAUUCCCAACACGAAGGUCGCCAGCUCGGUCUUCAACACGACGAAGACGCGCUUGCAGACGGGGACGUACCUCUUCAUCGGCACGCAGGUCGUCGAUGGAACUCUCACGUUGAAUGGCGUUUCUAAGGUCACCGAGUCUGACCUAGCAGUGGAGAAGGUAGGAAUUCACCAGAUCGUGGGCCUCUUGAAACAAGUUUUGCUGAUCAAUCCCAAUGAAAAGGGCGUCGUGCACAUUAUCGAUCGAAUCCUGGACCCCUCGGCGCAGGUUUUCGAGGAGGAUAUUGCAAGGGCAUCGCAGAGAUUCAUCGCGGGGAGUUGUUCGAACCCUGCGCUGCCGUAUUGCUGA